AGCAGAGAAAGAGAAGGAGAGACUUCGGCAGGAAGCAGAACAAGAGAAACAGAGGAUAAUACGGGAAAAAGAGGAACAGGAGCGUAAACAAAUGCUCGAACGCCAAGAAAAUGCAAGGAAGCGGCAGGAGGAAAUGGAGAAGCAACGGCGAGCAGAGUUCAGAAACUGGAUGGUGGACGAUUUCAUCGUGAUCGAGGACUGCACCGGAAAGAAACGAUGGGUUGUGGCGGACUCAAAUGUCCAGGUACCAAAGGACGUGCGGUACCUAGAUGACAGCGAAUACCGAUUUACGCCCGAUAUCGAUUCAAAGCCACUGGAUGAGUACCGAGAUCCCCGCGAACUGUACGUAACCGAUGACCGUCCCGCUGGCGGGUUUCUAUGCGAGCACUUUUCGGAAUGCAACUGCUUCCGCAAACCUCCGGCGCAGUUACCCAAGACUGUGCUGUUCACCACCGCCGAUGGCAGAGGGAUUGGCCUACGAGCCUUACGCAGUAUCAAGAAGGGGGAGUACAUUGGCGAGUACAGAGGUGUCAUCGAAGUGUACGACAACAACGAGAAAAGGCCUGAUGUCGUCCAAGCCAUGAAGAACCGGGAUAUGCGAUACGCCAUCGGCGGGCAUUGGGACGCAGAUACCGAAUUCGGGGUUGACGAGGCCGGUCGUACGAAGUCUUUCAGCUAUUACAUCGACGCCUUGAAGUCGGGGACGGAAACACGGUUCAUCAACCACCACUGCGAUCCAAAAGUUGUCAAUGUCGAAUAUGUCGACGAGAACCACAAAGGCCGAAUGGUGCAGGCGAUCCGCACGACGAAGCUCAUCCCCAAGGGCUGGGAGAUUUUGAUUGACUAUGGCACAUUCGACGACUGGCACAGCUAUGGCGGGCACUGUCUCUGCCGCAGCAACGUGUGCCGGUACCUAAUCAACGCGGGUGCACGGAGCCCAUACGUAGUCGCCAUCCAGAUGCCGUCCGACGAAUGGUCCAUGGUCCAGCUCGUGCCCGAUCCUGAGAUCAAACCGUUCAAAGCAGGUGCGCGGUUGAGGGUUGCCAAACAGAAGUGUUCCUACCACCUCCGAUACGAGAGGUUCAAGCGCCGCCAAAAGCCCGUCGAGCACAAAAAGCCGCGACAUGAGCUUUCCGUCUGGCCCAAUGUCAGAAUCAAGGUCUUGUACCAGCAACAUCUGCGGGCCGGUGUGAAAGAGAGAGACUCGCGGUAUGUGUGGAAGCAGGUGCGUGCGAGUGUCAAAGAAGCAGAUGAUGGGGAUGGGGAGUAGCGAUGGGAGUAUCGGUGAGAUGUAUUGAAGCUGGAGCAUAACGAUCCUCUGUCGGAGAGUUGUCUGUUUCUUUUCUUCUUUUUCUUCUUUUCUUUUUUCGUGGGAUGUUUUGCGACAGUCCAUACGGCACGGUAUCUAUUGCACAUGUUUAUUAGUCAGCUGCGGUAAUUCAUAGGACGGAGUUGGAGUGAGGUGUUUCCCGGAAGUACUGUGCGUAUGUAAUCUAUGGUUCAUGUAAUCUACAGG